AUGCAUGGUAUCAACCCAUGCUACAUGGUAACAACUCGAAAGUGGCGGAAACUAGUUCUAGAAACCAAGUCUUAUAAAAAACACAGGGUUUUUUUCAGCCGUUAUAAAAACCCGUACAAAUUAAAGUCCAGCGACUGCAUUACCUCAGUCAACAACCACAUUGUCUGCAAUAUCAAGGAUCACGACAAAACUGCAACCACAACCACGAUCACAAGUGGUUAUUUUUUCACGUGGUCUUGUAGAAUAGGUACUGAACAUGAGAAGUUUGGUUUUGAGUUUGGAAGCUUGCGUCCUAUGAAAUAUGAGCAAAUAGCAGAAUUGCUGAAUGACAUUGCCGAGAGAUUUGACUGGGAUAAAAUAAUGGAAGAUGAUAAAAUUAUUGGACUGAAACGUGUUUGUGAAGUGUCUUUGAGAAUAGGAAACAAACACAGAGGAAAUGUGACUGAAGUGAAGUGA